CUACUAAAUUUAUUUUGUUGGGAAAGAAAGACUUUCAAAUUUUUUGUUCUUUUGAGAACAUCCAUCAUGCCUCAAAGUUGCUCAGCAUAUAACUGCACAGUUAAAAGAAAGAAAGGGGAGAAUAUAACAUUACACUCUUUUCCGAAUCCAGGCACAUUGAGAAAUGAAUGGAUAUUGGCUUUGAGAAGAGCCAAUUUUGUUCCUACUCAAUAUUCAAGGAUAUGCAGCAAUCAUUUUCAGGAAAAUGAUUAUCUAACGAAUAUGCAAGGAAAAAGAGUUUUAAAGAAAAAUGCUGUUCCAUCUAAAUUUAACUUUAAAAACUAUCUGUCAAAGUACAAAGUUUUAAAAAAGGAAGAAUCCUCAGACACUAACGUUCCAUCAUCCCAGGAAGGAAAUCAACUGAAUUCAGAAUCCCUACCACCCAUAAAAACAAUGGAACAUGGUAGUAAUAUCAGAAAAAGAAAAAGAUCAGUACCUGUAUACAUGAAAGAUUUUGUAGAAGCUGAUCUUGAAAACCCUGCUAAGCGACACAAAUAUUGGAAUAUUUCUCAAUCUGUCAUUUCUAAACUGAGGAAAACCAAUAAAAAAUUUGCUACCAUGAUUUGCAAGUACAAGAAAAAAAUUAAUACUCUGAAUGACCUCCUGGGUGAUUUAAAAAAAAAAUUUCAAAUUUCUUCUGAAUCCUCGAUAGUACUAAAGGUAUUCACUCAUGAAAUAAACAUUAUUAUCUAUGCAUAUCUAUGCAUGAACAUUGAAAUGAUUUGAAAAAAAUUGAAUGAGAACAUAAAAGCCUUUACAUUUCCUGUCAGAUAAAUUAGAUGUUUUUUAUCCCGACUAUCCUAGGCUUUUGUGAGAUCUCCCAGAGGCUACGAGCUUUUAUGAGUUAGGAGAACCAGUUGUGUUCUGCGUAGUCUUUAUACUAAGAAAUAUUCACAAUCGACCAAAUUAUAUUCCCAUUUUUAAGCAUGUAGGUACUUUGCAUGUACUUUUGUUUGAGUGAUUUUGCUGCUUGGUAUUCAAGAUAACUGCUUUCGAGGGUGCUUUGCUUCUCCAUCAAAGGGCAAGAAUUCC